AUGGUAAAAGGAGCAGAGGACUUUCGUUACCAGAUUUGGCCCGUGGAUGAAACCAGAAACUGGGAUACACAUUUUGAGGCUGUGCAGUUUCAGCAGAGGGAAUGGAGAGUACCGAGCUGGGAUAAUUGGAAGAUUCUCAUUAGGAGCACCCUUGAUUCUAUGGUGGGCUCUGGCUUUUGGAUUGAGAGUGAAUUGUUUGGACUGUCCAAGUGGAAACAAGAUUUUGCACGUAUGAAGGAAGAAAAAGAGCAGAAGAAAAGAGAGUAUAAGCUGAAGGAGGAAGCCAAAAAGAUUGAAAAAGGCAAGAAGUUGGGACAGGAAGAGAAGAAGAUGAGGAAGAAGAAGAAGAAGAAGAAGAAGAAGAAGAAGAAGAAGAAGUCAAUAAAGGCGAAGACAUGUGGGGAGACAGUGGAAGGACAGAAACCAGGGCAAGAGCAGAAGAAGUGCACCAAGAAGAAAAAAAGGAAAGAAGAAGAGGAAGGGAGGCGGGAGUGA